UGCCACGUGGGUAGGCGGCGGAGGUGCCGGGGGGGACGGCACAGGAAGUGUCGCCAAACAAGUCCGGGUGUACAAGCCCGGACGGGACACCGUCAAAAACAAGUUAUCGAUGACGCAGCGAUUGCAGAUUGUCAAGGAGGUCCAGGGGGGGCUAAGAGGAGCAUGGUUGCUGCAAAGUCGAACGACGGUACUUCGUACAUCAGCAAAUUGAUGAUCCCGGAGACAAUCGCUGAGCUUGAGAAAGAAAGUCUGCGACAUGGAGCUCAACCAGGACGCCCUUCGCGCCCCGAAGCCGGUACACGACGAAGUGGAAGAGAAACCCCGCAAGCGGAUCAACAUCGCACGAGCACGCUUUAACGUGAGUACAUGUUUUGCACUAGUCAUAUGUUGGUCAGGAUACAACUUGGUUGUCUAUACGCCUACACCCUCCGCCCCUACACCUCCUCCCAAUCUCGACCACGCUGCUGGGUUGGAGGCAACCGAGAUCGGCCUGAGUGGUUCGAUGAUCCAGGCCCAGGCCUUGAAGAUCGCGGCGCAGAUGGGGAAGACCAACUUCAAGGCCACCAACGGCUGGCUACAUCGCUUCCUGAAACGCGACAGCUCCACUCACGUCCAAUUGCACGAAGCUGGCGACGUGGACAAGCAGAAGGUGGCAGAGGAGACCAAGAGGAUUCGUGAGCAGCUGCAGGAGUUCGACGUCGAGUUCACUUUUAAAAUGGACGAGACGGGACUUUUCUUCCGCUGCUUCCCGAGGGGUACAUACGUCACGAGGGGGGAGGCCGCCGCCGGCAUCAACAGUAAAACCGCGCGGGAUUCGAAGGCCAUGAAGGCCAAGGAUCGGUGCACGGUGGUGGCCUGCUGCAAUACGACCGGGUCUCUGAUGGCGCCGUUGGCCGUCAUCAGCACGUCGAAAAAAACGAUGGUUUUCCGCCACGUCCUCAAACCGCCAUGCCCGUACUUCGCCUAGGAGAGUGCCUGGCUCGACUCAGCCAUUUGCCCGCGGUGGUUUGACGAAGUCUUUGUCCCCUUCGUCAAAGGUAAAGACCUCCAAGAAGGUGGCCCUCUUGUGGGACAACUCCCUCGGCCACAAGAUCAAAAGCAACGAUCCGCAGAUCGUCAUCAUCUCCUUGCCUCCGAACGUCACUUCUGUCUACCAGCCCAUGGACGUGGGCAUCCUGUUUGUACUCAAGAGCCAGUACAAGACCGAAAUGGUGGCAAGGCUGGCAGACCUCGUGGAGGACUGGGACACCGUCCGUGCACGAAAAAUCCAAAGAGGGUGCUGGGGCCUCAGCGAUGCAGGACAGGCGACAAUGCUGGACGUCACGGAGAUCUGUUCCCAGAAGUGGCGUAGCUUCGACGUUCAGACGGUCAUCAGGUGCUGGCUCAAGGCUGGCAUCUUUUCCAGGGAGCACUGCAACGUUCUCAAGGGUAUGGACACGCGGCUUGACCGAGAGGACAAGGACGACGCAGCCAUCAUCGACGGCCUUUUUGACAUGGUCUCAAAAAAUGUCGAUGUCAGCUAGCGUAACGGACUAUCGGUCCAUGCCGAGAGUGUUGACGGACAAUUUGUUUGUCGAGAAGGACACAGACCUCACAGAGCAGGAAGUCCGAACGGCGGUCAAGACGUGGCUUACGAUAGAGGACGACCCCGAGGUGUUAAAAGAGGAGGUGGAGUUGGAACUGCGGGCAGUAGAGAGGGAUCUCGCCGGCUUAGAAAUGGACGACGACGUAUCGAGCGAAGAGGGCGAAGGCGACGGCAGGCCGGAGUCCUGCAUAACCUCGUCCCUCACCGAGGGCGAGAUUAUCCCUCGCUUGGAGGACGUUCGAUCCUGUUUGUACGCGAAGGGAAGGGGUGGCGAGUACCGUGAGACGCAAUACCUUCUUUCGAAGACCGUUCAUUCGUUUACUCAUGAAACUCGACAGAGGCGUAGAGCCAAGCCGCGGGGGGUUGUUCAGAUAACUCUUCGCGAGAAUGAAGGGAAAAGUCGUCAGGGUAGCUUAGUCUCUGCCGGGAUCUGCCGGGACAGUUAUAUGUACUGAUGUUCCUCGUUGCGACGCUGAAAUUUGCUCGUUUUUUCAUAGUUUCACGAGAAUAAGAUAUAUUUCUACCUGGACUUUCCUCCUU